AAAAAUUCUACCCUGAUGGCUCCAAAGAAAUUGUGUUUCCCGACGGGACAGUGAAACAUCUCAAGGAUGGACAGGAAGAGACCUUAUUUCCUGAUGGGACAAUCGUAAGAGUGGAAAGGAAUGGCGACAAAACCAUUGUGCUCAGCAACGGGCAGAAAGAAAUCCACACGGCCCAGUUCAAGAGAAGGGAGUACCCAGAUGGCACCGUCAAGACUGUGUAUUGCAGCGGCUGUCAGGAAACCAAGUAUGCCUCCGGGAGGGUUAAGAUCAAAGAUGAAGCUGGAAACAUCAUCCUGGAUGAGAAACAGAUGAGCCCUCAACACGCAACAUCACAUGGGAAACGCCAAUUGCAGUUUUUUGCUAAAACAGACAAAAACUAAUAAUAUAUUAGCUGCCCCAAAUGAUCUUGGAGAACCACUAAACCUUUAGGACUACCCAAGUUAUCUAGAAAUUGCAAAGGAAAGGACAUUCUCUUCUCUAUUUAGGAAACACGGUUAGAGCAGCACCCAUCAGAUAACAGGAGGCUCACAAAAGAAA